GCCAUUAAUUAAUUUUAUGGCUGUAAGUGAUGGAAGUCCCAUGUUUUUGAAGGCAAUUGAUGCAACUAGUGAGUAUAAAGAUAGAUUUUACAUGGCUGACUUGAUAAAGAAAGUGGUUGAAGAAGUGGGGCCUCAUAAAGUUGUUCAAGUAAUUACUGAUAAUGCACCUGUUUGUAAAUCUGCUGGUAAGAUGGUGGAAGAUGAAUAUCCUCACAUCUUUUGGACACCAUGUGUGGUGCAUACACUUAAUCUUGCCUUGAAGAAUAUAUGUGCAGCAAAAAAUACAGAGGCAAAUGAAAUUGUUUAUGGAGAAUGCUGUUGGAUCACUGAGCCGAAACAAGAUUUGCAUCAACAAUUGUGAUGUUGAAGAGAUUCAAACUUAUCAAAACUUCUCUUCGUACACUGGUUAUUAGUGAAGAAUGGAAUGCUUAUAGAGAUGAUGAUGUUGGAAAGGCUGCUACUGUGAAGGACAUAAUUCUUAAUGAUCUUUGGUGGGAGAAGGUUGAUUAUAUUCUCUCUUUCACUAAACCAAUUUAUGAUAUGUUGAGAUUUGCUGACACAGAUAGACCCACACUUCAUUUGAUUUAUGAGAUGUGGGAUUCAAUGA